CGAUCAAGACUUCCACCAGACUGGAUUCAAAUCAAAACGUUCACAUGUAUAUCUCAUGUUCAGUUGGGUAGAACUAUGAUUAAUAACAACGGAAAAAAUAAUAAUUCCCUGUCAUAUAAAAAGGGAAUUAAUUUUUCUAUUUCCCUGAUACUGUUGGAGACUUUCUUUAGUGCAGCAUCCGUGCUUCUUGUCAAAGCGACUGAAGAAAGUGAUUAUCAUACACCUUUGAUCAGAGACAUUUAUGAUCAGCGUGGAACUUGUGGGAUAGUUCUAGCAUCAGCUGAAAAUUAUCAAUCAUUCGGGACCCUUACAAUCUGGCAUGGAAUAUUUAAAACUUUAUCCGAUGAAGGAAUACCAACGCUUAUGAUCAGCUUCGAGCAGUUCGAAGACAGAUUCGAGUUUUACGCUGGACUAACCGUUCGCCCGCUCGCAGUGAUUAUUUUUGUAACCAUAGGAGAUGUGCAGAGUUUUAGCGAAAUUUCGCGGGAUUUGGACAUGAGCUACGCUGUAUGGCUAUUAUUAUUUAUGGGGGAUGCCAGCCCGGAUGUCUGCGAAUUUUGUCACAGCCCGUCCGGAAAUUUAUUGAAUCUCAAGUAUGACUCGGAAGUAGUUGUAUCAUGCUGCAAGUCGAACAUUAUUCAAGAAUGGUGGUCUACACUGACAGAGCAUACUAACAGCCUGGAACUUGGCCGAUGGACCGCUGAAAAUCGCGGAAUCGAGUGGUUCUUCAAUGAUUCUCUCUACAGUCGAAGACAUUCUAUGGAAGGUCAAGAGUUUCGCAUUGCCGCUACAUCCGUCUAUUUUUGGGAACGGAACAGCAAAUAUUAUGGAUUUCUUGGUGAAAUCUUAAGGGAACUGUCUGAUUCGUUGAACUUCACGAUACCACAAGUGAACUGGGGUACCAGUUACGGGGCUUGGAAUCCAGAAACGUCAAGUUGGACUGGUAUCAUUGGGAAACUCGAAAACAACGAAGCUGAUUUGGCGGUAUCUGAAUUUCGCAUAACGCAAGAAAGACUCAAUGUGGUUGACUAUACAGUUCCAAUUGGUGUUGGGGGUACCCGACUGUAUUUGAGAAAACUUGAUGCUGCUCGCCUACAGUGGAAUGCUUAUUUCAAGGCGUUUUCAAUGGACGUGUGGAUGGUCAUUAUUGGCCUAAUAUUGACAAUACCUAUUUUUUUAACCCUCAUGAGAUAUAAGAGGAAACACUAUUAUCUGCUUCCACUAGCCCUUGAACAUUAUUUAUCCAUUUGGGGUAUUUACUGUCAACAAGGAUUAUCAGAGUUCCCGAAACCGACAUCCUUGAGAAUCGUUUAUCUAUCAAUAUUCAUAUCAGCGUUGGUCAGUUCAGGCGCAUAUUCUGCAUCACUCAUCAGUUUUCUCGCCGUUUCCUCCUCAUAUUCACCAUUUAGUACGAUAGAGGAAUUUGUGGAAGAUGGUAGUUAUCAACUAAUAGUACUGAAAAAUAGCCCAGAUUAUUAUAUGUACAAGACUUCCAAUCAGACGCUCAUGAAAAAGAUGAUGUCCCUCAUGAAACCGACGAAUCUAUUGCCUGAUAGCUAUCAAGAAGGAUUUGAACAGGUAUGCACAAAGAGAGUGGUAUUUUAUACCCACGAAGCUAUAAGAAGAGCUAUGGUCAAUUUAAUACCUUGUGAAAUUACUGCUAUAAAUACUGGAAAAACCGAAACAUUGGGAAUGGCCCUCCCACGAGGUAGUGAAUGGAGAGGGCUUAUUAAUUAUCAGAUUCGACGAUUCGGCGACAACGGAAUGUUACAACGAUUGGGUUAUAAAUACUUCACCGAGUACAAUCGAAAUGAACUCAGGUAUCCCUCAGUGCAUUUGCAAGGGAUCAUUCCAAUUGUGGCAAUGUUGGGUGCUGGAUUUCUAAUAGCUUCUAUCAUUUUCAUCAUAGAAACAAUUUUUUGUUCGUCAAAGAAGAAGUCACUUAAUCCACGUAGAAGAAAAAGUUUCUAA